AUGGCAGCUCCUAUGGAUCAGAGAAUCAAUGUGCCUAUAGAUGAUCCAAAUGCCGAUACAGAAUGGAAUGAUAUUUUGCGAGCCAAGGGUAUCAUUCCCGAGAAACCUCCUUCCCCCACGCCCCUUAUCGAAGAGGCUAUUCUCGAGGGACGUCGUCUUGCGCACGAAAACCGACUUGAAGGAAAGGAUCUCGACGAGCUAGACGCUCUUGAAGAUGAAGAAGAUGAUGCUUUCCUCGAACAAUAUAAAAAACAACGAAUGGCAGAAUUAUCAUCUAUAUCGAAGAAAGCCAAACACGGCGCAGUAUACCCUUUAUCGAAGCCUGAUUAUCAGAGAGAGGUUACAGAUGCAAGUCAAGACUCGCUAGUAUUGGUCAAUCUCACGAGUGGUUUGGGAACGAAUGUAGAAAGUAGGGUCUUGACUGAGUUGUGGAGAAGAGCAGCUGUUGAGUUUGGGGAGGUCAAGUUCUGCGAGAUGAGGGGUGACAUGGCUAUUGAAGGUUAUCCCGACAGAAAUUGCCCUACGAUACUGGUGUACAACAAAGGAGAUAUUGUGAAGCAAGUGGUUACAUUAAUGACCAUGGGAGGUGUGCGAGUAGGAAUGGCGGAGAUCGAUAAGCUGUUGAUUGAAAUUGGAGCUAUCAAGGAUAAUGAUAUGAGAGUUACGAAGCGAAGACGUGAUGCAGAGGAUGAAGAAGAAGAGCGUCAAGAGAAGGGCGGUAUUCGAGGUUCGAAGCUGCCCAAUGUUGAGAGUGAUGAUGACGAAGACUGGUAA